CGCGUCGCAGUCGCGCGUCGUGGCCAGCUGUGAUCGGUCGGUAGUCAAUGGAAGGUUGAAGUGUUUGCGCGCGCACGCGAUUUUGUGGGAUCGGUUAAGGUGCAAGUCAAUGAAGAUGCUGUGCGAAACGAGUUAAGGUGCCGGAGAACGUGCGCGGAAUGUUGUUGUCGUGGGAUUGUUUUGGAUUCUUUGUGAUCAGUUUAUUUGUGGAAGAGAAUCGAUGUGAGUUUGCAGACAGUGAAGAUUGUGUUCUGAAAGCACCCAAAAACUCAUCGCACACACACCUCUGUGUUAUCCCCGUGAUAAGAUAAGAUAAAAUGCUGCUGGCACGGUUCUUAUCAGCGCACGGUAUGACUCCGAGCGAUCCAGGUUGGUUGGCCCAGUUCCGACUCCGGUGGCGGCCAGUGCAGUGCGAAAAGUGUCCCACGCACGGCGAAUUGCUCCUCGAAGGGUUGAGUCAAGUGCGCAGAUCGUGAAUCAUAGUGAUUAAGCUCGGAGGGGGGAGGUUAUUAGUGCAAAUUGUUAAGGAGAAAAAGAAGAAGUCAUUAAGUGGAUGCCAAUCGAAGAAACGAGCGGAACAGUGCGAAACUAGUCUGAGGGAUGUGAUUUAUGUGAUUCUUGUGAAUUUUGAUUUAGAAAAAUAAGAGGAAAAGUAACGAAACAAUGAAGCUUUUCAGCAAAGUUUUGCUGAUUUCAGUGGCAGUUUGCAGCACCUUAGUUUUAGCUGCUGAAGAUGACCAGAGUAAAGCAAGCAACAGUACCAAAGAUGACACCUCCAACGCCACCAAAAAACAGGACCAGGACACUGACCAGAAACUCCCGAACCCGCUGUGCGCAUCCUGCACCUGCGACGCCCCCCAAAAAACCUUCAAGUGCUCCUCGAUGAAGCUGUCCUCCAAACUGUUCAACACCACAGGCUGGGCCAGCUUGAACGACUACGGCGUGGCCGUUGACGUCAUGCUGCUGGACCGAAACGGCAUCACCGAAGUACCAGUGUUUCCCAACCUGGACGUCCGAGUGUUGGACUUGAGCCACAACAACAUCUCCGUGAUCGCCAAGAAGGCUUUCUUUGCGUUGAGCAAACUUGAGGUGCUGGAUUUGUCGUACAACAUGCUGACCACAAAGUCGCUGGUUCCGGCCGUUUUCGAGGGUCCCUAUUCGGCGGACGAUUACGAACCGUUGGGGCAGUUGAGGGUUCUCCGACUCGGAUAUAAUCAGCUUCACUCGCUGGACGCGAAUUUGUUCGAGCACAUGCCGAAUCUGCAGGAGUUGAGUUUGGUUUCGAACGUCUUCAAAACCAUUGAUACUUUGACGGAGAAUGCCUUGUCCAGUGUGAGGACACUUCUUUCUCUGGAUCUAAGCUAUAUGGAGUUGAACUCGGUGCCGGGAGGUUUUCUGAAUGCGAUUGGAGAUCUGACUCACCUCAACUUGACCGGAAAUCUGCUGGAGACCAUCCCGGAAGGGCUGCGAUUCGCGCAGAAGCUCAAGUGGUUGAGUUUGGACGAGAAUCCCAUCGGGAACAUUCAGGGAGAUCAUGUCUUCCCCGCCCUCAAGUCCCUCGAAUACCUCAGCCUGUCCUACAUGUCCCCGCUCAAGGUGAUUGGCCGUGGAGCGUUCAGUGGGCUGCAAGCACUUCAGGAGGUCCACAUCAGCAACAAUCCGGUUCUAUCCUAUCUCCACGUCGAUGCCUUUGCCCGCGAAGAUCCGGACGAUCCGACGCGCCAGAAUUGGCCCCGCGUCAAGCGGUUCUAUCUGCACAACAAUAACCUGAGCACGCUGGACGCGCAGCUGUUGACGCACUGGGCCGAGAUGGAGCUGGUGGACAUCCGGCAGAACCCGUGGAACUGCGACUGCGACAAUCAGUGGCUGGUGGAAACGCUGGUGCCGGUGAUUGAGAAGACGACGCCGAACACGUUGAACAAUAUUGUUUGCACCUCCCCCCAACAGAUGGCGGGCCAGUCGAUGGUGGAGCUGCAGCACAAGCACAGCCAGCUGCGUUGCGGCGACAAGUACGGCAACAACCCCGCCGGCGACGGUGCCCUCCUGAUUGGCCUGCUGAUUGGUGUCCUGGCAGGAAUCCCGCUCACCGCGGCCGUCAUCCUGAUCUACCGCCGAGGCUGCUUCGGGCUGGUGCGGCGCGGUCCUGCCGACUACUCGCGAGCCUUCUACAGCAGAGCCACCAAUGACGAUUUUUAAGAGAGUGAGGGUGAUUUUUUUUUCAGUGUGUGACUUAAUAAAGUGUAAAAUACAGGGAGGAUUUCUUUUCAAACUGGAAAAA